AAAAAUCACUCAGUUCCCUCUGCCUAGUAGGACCAAAGACACAGAGGAAAAGCAAAUUUGUUUACUUCCAUCUGAAAAAUGGGAGAGACCAAAGCGACCAUGGCCAACCAUCUAUUGGCCGUGAAACGCAACUCCGGCAAGAACUACAGUCAGAUCGCGGAGGAGACUGGGCUCACCAAUGUCUAUGUAGCCCAGUUGCUGAAACGUCAGGCCCAACUGAAGCCCGAAACCGCCCCAAAGCUUCGAGCAGCUCUGCCUGAACUAUCUGAUGAGAUGCUUCAGGAGAUGAUGAGACCACCCAUGAGGUCUUAUGACCCCAAUUUGAUUCAAGAACCCACUGUUUACAGGUUGAAUGAAGCAGUUAUGCAUUUUGGUGAAAGCAUAAAGGAAAUUAUCAAUGAAGAGUUUGGUGAUGGCAUCAUGUCAGCCAUAGACUUCUUUUGCUCUGUCGACAAAGUCAAAGGUGUGGAUGGAAAAGAUCGUGUAGUUGUGACAUUUGAUGGGAAGUAUUUGCCUCAUACUGAGCAGAAGUCAGAGCACAUGGUUUCAAGACUGAGGCUUAAUGGAAAUUGAUCAAUUCUGAUGUUGAUGCAGAUGCUAUGUGAGCAUAUUUGCUACUGUGUAAAUUGAGUCAUUGGAGUUAGUCUUAUAUUCUUAUGGGCUUAAUUUGUCAGAUGAUGAAUAAAAUAAGUACCCUUGUUGUCGUACUCGGAUCUUAUAGGGCUACAAGUACCAAUAUAAAAUUGUUUGCUCACUUUACAUGUUAUGGAUUGGAAAUGAAUAGAAGGUUGCAGUUUUAAAAACUUGUAAUAAAUUCAACUGGUAUUGCCUGAUUAAAACAGAUUCUGAAAUUUAUCAUGGAGUUGAUGGCCGGAUUUUCUUACAUGAAAUGAAAUGUAGGGAUCUCAUUUCUUUGA